UACUAUUUGACGGCCCACAUAAGAGGGAUUGUCAGACCAGAAGAUCUGGACAGAUAUGAUGACCUUAUUUACAAACAUAAAAUCCAAGCUCUAAAGAAUAAGGAAGCUGUGAAACAGAUCGCUGACCAAUCAGAGGAUCCUCAGCCCCUACGUACGACUUCUCCAUUGCAGAAAGACGUUCGUUCACCACGAGGAAGCUUUCUCAGGAAAACUCCUUGUCAUCGUCUCACUGUGCCAGACAACCUACUCCAUCACAAGGAGGCGCCACCUGCUGAAAACGAACGAACGCCGAGUCAAGACAGUGGUGUUGACGUGGCCAACGAAACUAGGUUUAAAUAUACAACACCGAAAGCGACGAGAACCCUCUUAGGCUCCAGAUUUCAUCAGACAUCAGAUAAACGCCAUAAAUCCUAUCCACUCAAAUCUCCUCGGCUCCUUCCUCGUCGCUCCUUUGACGUUCAUAGUGGAGCAAAAGAGUUAACUCAUUCAACUUUAUUUCGUCGUUUGACUCUCAGGAGACACAGUAGUGGAGGUGAAGGAGUCAAUCCUGAAGAACGUCGUGAAGAAGAAGACAGAAGAUGGAGUAUUGGUAGCGAUGUAAUAGGUUCCUUUAGAAAGGAGAAACCUAAGCAUUCCUCUAAUUCUCCCACACAACGAGACCACAAGUCACCUGGUUCUUCCCCUUGUAACGUCGUUCAAGAAAACUGUACCAACUGGCUUCAAGUUCCCCACGUCAGAGUGCGUCGUCAUCGCUCACUUCCGGAUCCCCAUGCAAUCCUACCAAGAAAACAUCAACAAUUGGGUCCGCCUCUGAAUCCACACAGAAGUGCAUCCAUGAGACUCCCUGGUCAUCGCGCGACCCCUGAACCAAACGGGAGGUUAAGAAUAAUUAUCAAGAAGACUAGGCCUCUGCUCGGUAUUGCCAUCGAAGGAGGAGUUAACACCGGCCAACCGUUACCUAGAAUAAUAAGCAUUCAUGCCUCUGGAGCGGCGUUUGAGGCUGGUGGUUUGAAAGUGGGGCAUAUUAUUUUGGAAGUAAACGGCUUCAAAACUGGUAAGAUGAAGCACCACGAGGUGGCGCAGCUGAUCGCCGACUCCUUUUACAGUUCCGAUACAGAUCAACUGGAACUUUUGGUUGUGGAGAAGGCCAGAACAGAACUCGAACUAAGGAGGUCUUCCUUUCUGGUGUUAGAAUGA